AGUGUUCUCUCCUCUUCCCUGUGAAAAUUCCUGUAGGAAGACCGACGAGGCACCACAUUUUGGCACUGUUCUCAGAAAGCGUGAAAAUAACAGCACACGAAGAAAUAACGAUUACCAAUUCCAAAGCAUUUUUAAGGACCCAGAUUGGAGUGUGCAGCCGAUGGCUUCCUGAACCCCAGCCUGCCCCCCCUCCUCCUCCCCCCACCCUCCUCCCCCUCGACUGUGUUCGUCCCCGCCGGGCGGCACCAGAACCAUCGGCUCGGUGAUGAAUCACACUCCCAGCCCCCACAUGACCGAGGCCAGCGGCAAGUCCGGGUCGGGCCUCCUGUGCGGCCUGGGCCUGGGCCCCGACCGGGUGCGCUCUCCGGACAGCCUGACCCACACGCCCAGCCCCACGGGGGGCACCCCCAGCUCCAGCCCCCCCCUGCUGCUGUCGCCCGGCCUGGGCUGCGAGGGCCUGAGCCUGGGCAGCCUCGGGGGCGGAGGCGGCGUCGGAGGCGACUGGGAGAGCCGCGAGGAGCUGCGUCUGCGGGAGCUGGAGGAGGCGCGAGCGCGGGCCGCCCAGAUGGAGAAGACCAUGCGCUGGUGGUCCGACUGCACGGCCAACUGGCGCGAGAAGUGGAGCAAGGUGCGGGCGGAGCGGAACCGGGCGCGUGACGAGGUGCGCCAGCUGCGGCAGCGUCUGGACGCGCUGACCAAGGAGCUGACGGGGGCGCGGCGCGAGCGCCAGGAGCUGGCCGCCGAGAACGAGCAGCUGCGGCAGGAGGCCCAGCGACUCCGCGCCGAGCACGGCUGCGCCGCCUCCUCCCCGACCUCCACCUCCUCCGCGUCCUCCUCCCCGCCCGUCGCCCCCGACAACAAGAGCCCCGCCGCGGGGGGCGAAGGACUGGGCUCUCCGGAGCAGGAGCCGGUCAGAGACGUCAGCAACGACAAGCCGGAGCACAAGAAGGAGCUGGAGCUGCUGGAGGCUCUGCUGCGCUGUAAAGCGGCGGACGCGUUGGAGGGCUGGGACGCGCGUAGCGUUAGCAGCCUGCGCUCGGCUCUGAGCCGACAGGACCGCGGCGGUGGGGGUGGCGGGGGCGGUGGGGGUCGCCUGCAGCUGUGGGACGAGCUCUGCCCCCCGGAGGAGGAGCCCGGGCGCAUCAACGCCCUGCAGCUGCGCCUCGACGAGUCCCAGAAGGUCCUGCUCAAGGAGAGAGAGGACAAACAGUCUCUGGGCAAGAGCAUCGAGAAGCUGGAGGGUGAGCUGAGCCAAUGGAAACUCAAGUAUGAGGAACUGAGCAAGAGCAAGCAGGAGGCACUCAAACAGUUGAACUUGCUGAAGGAGCUGCAUCAGGACGAGCUGGGCCGCAUGUCUGAGGACCUGGAGGAUGAGCUGGGGGCGCGCAGCAGCAUGGACAAGAAGCUGGCCGAGCUCCGCGCAGAGAUGGAGCGUCUGCAGGUGGAGAACGCCGCUGAGUGGGGUCGGCGCGAGCGCCUGGAGACGGAGAAGCUGGCGCUGGAGCGGGACAACAAGAAGCUGCGCGCCCAGAUGGAGGACCUGGAGGAGCAGCUGGCCCGCAAGCGCAGGCAGGCCGCCACCGCCCUCGACUCCGACCUCAAGAGCAUCCAGGCCGAGCUGUUCGAGAGGAACAAGGAGCUGGGGGACCUGAGGCACAUCCACUCCAAGCUGAAGAAGCAGUACCAGGACAAGAUGGCGGAGCUGGCCCACGCCAACCGGCGGGUGGAGCAGCACGAGACCGAGGUCAAGAAGCUCCGCCUGCGCGUGGAGGAGCUCAAGAAGGAGCUGGGACAGGCUGAAGAUGAGCUGGAUGAAGCCCAUAACCAGAGCCGAAAGCUCCAGCGGUCCCUCGAUGAGCAGGUGGAACAGACAGAGAACCUCCAGGUCCAGCUGGAACAUUUGCAGUCCAGGCUGCGGCGGCAGCAGAGUCCAGGGCUUUUUGGGAAGAUGAGGACGUCAGCUUCGGCCCGGUUCAGCACGGACAACCCAGACGGACCCCCCAGCGACCAGGACGAGGAGGACGAGGAGCUGCAGAUUCAGAUCCCCUAAGAGCAGGAGUGGCCAGCCCGCUGGCCAGAGCUCUGUCCAGCCAAGGACUUCAGACUGACCACACCCAGCUCUGGGCUUGCAGCUCCUCACCAGAGCGCCUUUGGCUCAGCCCUUAGACUGAGAGACAGACAGGUGGACAGCCCUUAGACUGAGAGACAGACAGGUGGACAGCCCUUAGACUGAGAGACAGACAGGUGGACAGCCCUUAGACUGAGAGACAGGCAGGUGGACAGCCCUUAGACUGAGAGACAGGCAGGUGGACAGACAGACGGACAGACGGGCAGACAGAUGGGCAUGUGUGGACUCAGAGUGGACUGGUUGAUGACCUCAAACUCACUGCCUUUUUGAAGCUGUGGCACUGUCUCCUGACAGCUGUGUGCUCCUGUCAGUACCCCCUCCUCACCCCAGCCCACCCCACUCCACCCCACCCCACCCACACCCACACCCGAGCUCCUCCACCACACACACACGCACACACACUGUGCUGGGAAGAGGACCCAGAGGAGCUAAGUGCUGAGUGAUCAGCAGGACGGUGAAGGUUGUCAGCCCCUCUACCCCCACCACCCCCACCCCCACCCCCACCCGCUACUACCACUGUACCUCCAUCUACUGUACACCCCACCUUAUGCUACGCACCCACAUCCCUCCAGCUCUCCAUUAUAGCUAUCACUCUAUAUUGUCCUCCGUGAAUUCCUCUCUCCUCUAUUCUCUUUCCUCUGUGUCCGAGUGAACAGCCCUCUUCGUCCUGCAUCCUUCAACCCUCACUUUCUGCGUCCUCCCUCCCACUCGACUCAUAAGCACCUCCCAUCAUCUUACCAUCUCUCCAUCAUCACCAUCAUCACCAUCAUCAUCAUCAUCAUCAUCAUUAGUAUGAUGCGUUCACAUUCUGCAUUCUGCUUCCCACGCGACCCAUCACUAUGUUCCACCAUAGUAUCAUCCUCUGCAUCCUCCUCCUCCUCCUCCUCCUCCUCCUACUCAUCGCAUUUCACUUCUUCCUCCUCCUCCUCCUCCCUCUCCUCCACCUGUUCCUCCUCCUCCUCCUCCUCUUUUCCUCCUCUGUCCAAAGAUCCACUCCCUCCACCUGCUGACGUGUCCUGUCUGGCUGGACUCUGGAGGAGUGCUCCAUGCUGACCCAGUACCUGGACCCUCUGCAGUCCUGCUGUAGGCUGUUCUCAGCUCCAUAGAAAUACCCUUGAGUGUCCUCGGAGCCGAUGUCAUGUCUCUCUCUGGUGUCCCCCCCACCCCACCCCCCACCCCCCAACUCCAUCUCCAUCCACCCCUUUCCCUUUGCCGCAGGAUCCCUGUAUGUUUGUGUUUUGCUGUUGUGCUCGGGGAAAGUUACUUUGAUGACAGUGACAGAUACGUCAAACAAUCAAUCAGGCAAGCAUACCCUCCCUAAACCACACACACAGAUACAAGAGUCUCUCUCUCUCUCUCUUUCUCUCUCGCUCUGUCUCUCACUCACACACACACUGCUCUAUCACUCUCUCUCUCUCUCAGACACACACACACACACACCUACACUUCCAGCCUAAAGCCUGUUGAUCAGGGGGAGAGUAUUAUCAGCCACAGAGUAUUCCUGUGGACUUGGCCCUCUGAAAAGCAAUAAGAUCUGACACACAUUCAACAGUUCUUCAGUUGCCGUGGGGACCAAGCUAUUUGUACCAACCAGUUGUUUUGAACUUUUAUUUAUCUGUUUAAUUUUUUACAUAAUAUGUCUGUAUUACAGUGUUUUGUAUUUAGCUUGAUCUAUAAAUGUUUAAUGUAUAUAUAUACAUAUAUAUAUACACAUCUUGAGUCGCUGAGUUUAAUUGUG